CACUCCGCUCCUUCCUCCAAAGCUAAAAGCUUCUCCUUUUUCUCACUUCUCUUCUCCCUCUCUCCCACUCCUUAUACCCAAAACCGCUAAAACCGCCACCUUUAAUGGCAAACCUACCCCUCCUAUUUCUUCUAGCUUUCACCUCUCUUCUCCCACCCAUCACCUCCAAAACACCCAUCUCCAUCCACCACCUUCUACUCCAACACGGCCUCCCCGCCGGCCUUCUUCCAAAGGCGGUCGAGUCCUACAAACUUGACCGAACCACCGGUCUUCUCGAGGUCUAUCUCGACCGCCCCUGCUACGCCAAAUACGAUGGGUUGGCCUUCUUCGACCAAGUUAUUCGAGCAAAUCUCAGCUAUGGAGCUCUCCGCGGCGUCGUCGGACUUAAGCAGGAAGAGCUCUUCCUAUGGCUCCCUGUUCGUGGAAUUCUCGUCGACAAUCCUUUCUCAGGCGUUAUUCUCUUCGAUAUUGGCGUCGCUCGUAAGCAGCUCUCUCUUUCUCUGUUCGAGGUUCCGCCGGAAUGUAGGCCGGAGGGCUCUAAGCUGCCGGCGGGAACAAUUCGGGAGAUUUUUAAUGGGCUUCUUAGCAGAAAACAUGGAUUCCAGGAUCAGAGAUAAACAAUUAGUCUAGAAAACUGUUUUUUUUUUUUCUUUCUUUCUCUCUCUAUUCUACCUCCUCUCUAAUAUAUUAACCAGCCCCCUUCUUCCUGUAAGAAAUUUGAA